AUGAUCGAGAUCACGAAGAAACAUGCGAAUAUUUUGGUUAUAGUGAACGAGGUGCGUCCAGCGGUGGCAGAUCUAAAAGCUGACGUUGCGACGCUGGAGAUGACGUUUACCUACCAUUCUGAAGUGUCCUGCUUGAUCCACGCUGAAGGCAGCGAUUAUAUCGACAAAGUGAAGGCAUUCUACGCUCGUUUCUGGGUGGCGAUUGAGGACAAGGAAGAGGAGUCGUGCAAGGCUGCAUGUACUGCGAGUGUUAAGGAUUCUUUCAUGACUAACUUUGCUGUUACGAAAGAGGAUAUCAUUGCGUACCGUACAGCUUUGGGACUCAAGUGCGACGAGGUCGGCGCUCCUGUUGACUUCUCGACGGUCGUCUCGUGGCGUGCGCUGAUCCAGUCGGUGCUGGCGAACGAAGUGAAGGGCAAUCUAUUGAAUCUCGUGCAUCUGAAGCAUUCGUACAAGUUGCUGUCUUCACGCAAGUACUCGGCCAUGUUCUUGCCUGGCGACGACAUCGUGAGCACGGCCAAGGUUGCUAGUCUACGCAUUAUCGACAGUGGCAAGAUUGUACACAGCAUGGCCACCAUCUCAAGACGAGCUUUGAACGACGACAUGGAGGUGUUUGAGCCUCUUGUAGAACUGCACAGCGAGUUCCUCAUCCGUGGUUGUUUCACUGACUUCGAGUCCACGUUCUCCGUUGAAGAGACAAAGCACGAGUUCGUUCUCAAAGACGCAGAAGAGUUAAAGACGAAAACAUGGCUGAAACUCGCAGCCGAGACUUCAGUAAACGUGGGGGACCGUCUAGCACUUCAGCUAACGACCAAGAGGCAGUACGCGUCGAUCAGCUCUCUAAGCUCGUUGGAAGUCUCUGGUGUUUUAUUCCGUGGAGAAGCGGGGACCACAGUCGAGAUCGGCGCGGUUGAGUUCAAGAGCGACGAAGUGAACGAGAGCCCUAUCACAGCGUUCUUACGGCAGGUACAGCUUGAGACUAGCGGGAUGUUUGUGAACAAUGGUUCUUACAUGCUGGAGACGCCGCUGGAGAUCAACGUCCCGACGAACGCGCUGGCGUACGCCGUAGCAUCUCGAGACCUGAAUCCGAUCCACCGGUCCAACUACGCUGCUAUUCUGGCUGGAUUGAAGGGUAAACCGAUCAUGCACGGCAUGUGGACAGCAACUAAAGUGCGUGAUCUGGUGACCCAGAGCUUCAGUCAGGGCUUGGACAGCAACGUCGUCGAGUACGAAGUGAGCUUCGACGGCAUGGUUUACCCGGGCGACAAGUUGUUCAUGCAAGCGCGUCACGUUGGACAGAAGAAUGGGAACAAGAUCUUGUCCAUUGAGGUCGUCAACUCAUCAAGUGAGCGUGUGAUCACUGCACGUGCCGUCGUGAAACAACGACCGACAGCCUUUGUAUUCACCGGCCAAGGCUCGGCUGAGGUAGGGAUGGGUAUGAAUCGAUACCAGGAAUCCCCAAUUGCUCGGGAGAUCUGGGACCGUGGCGAUCGUCACUUACUCAACAUGUUCGGCUUCUCGAUCCUCGACAUUGUACACAACAAUCCCAAGUCGAUCACUGUAUACUUUGGCGGUAAGAAAGGCCGUAGGAUUCGUGAGAAGUACAUGAGCUUGACGUGUGAAGACCCGACGACUGGCGAGACGGUGCCGUUGCUACCCGAGAUCAACACACGCACGCAGAGCUUCACGUUCUCCUUGCCGGAAGGUUUACUCUUUGCGACUCAGUUCAACCAGCCUGCGAUUGUUCUAUUGGAGAAGGCCAUGUUCUCGGAGAUUGAGGAUGCGCAACUGAUCCCGAGCGACGCGUUCUUCGCUGGCCACUCACUUGGCGAGUACGCCGGUCUCAGUUCGUUUGCGGGUGUUUUAGCUUUAGAAGACGUGGUGGAAGUGGUGUUCUUACGUGGCUUGAUCAUGCAGAGGGCAGUGAAACGUGAUGCUGAAGGACGCUCGGACUAUGGCAUGGUAGCUGCGAACCCCAUGCGUGUUGGGUCUCAUAUGACAGAAGAGCUGCUGUACACGAUCGUACAGGGCAUUGAAGCAGCAUCCGGUAAACUCUUACAGGUCGUGAACUUUAACGUCCAGCAAUACCAGUACGUCGUCGCCGGUGAUAGUGUGAAUCUGGAGACGUUGUCACUCGGUCUCGCUGCGUUUAAGACUCUGAAGUCGACAGAGUCUGAAGAUGUGGACAAGAUCAUCAUGUACUCGCUGGAACAAGCUCGAGCUCGUAAGGAGGAAUGCGAGCAACGUGGUCGUCCGUUCAUGCUGACUAGAGGCCUGGCCACUAUCCCUCUACCGGGUAUUGACAUGCCCUUCCACUCGCGUGAGCUACUGAGCGGUGUGCCAUCGUUCCGUGAGCUGCUGAGAACCGUCCAUAUCGUCAAGAAGUAUAUCGCGAAUCAGCCCGUUUUCGGCAAGGCGAAAGAGAAGUAUCAAGAGGCCAAGGCAAUCAUCAAGAGCAAAGGCAAGUAACACAGAG